AUGCGUUGGUUCUUCACAAAGCUAAGGGAAGUAAUCCGAGAAGUCGAGGAUCUUGCAUUUGUCAUCGAUCGGGGACAGUCUAUAAUAAAUGGUAUUGCUGAAGUUUUUCCCGAUGCAUAUCAUGGGUAUUGCAUGUACCAUAUACAAGGCAACUUGAAGACCAGGUACAUUGUUGAAAUAGGAAGCAAAUCAUUUCCGGCAUGGGACUAUCUAAUGAAAAUGGGGAUUGAACAUUGGGCCCGCUCAUAUUUUUCAGGACGUCGAUACAACAUGAUGAUGUUAAACAACGCGGAGUUUGUCAAUGCAUUAUUUAAGAAGGAUCGAGAGUUACCCAUUCUCGCACUGAUUGAGAAUAUCCCCCCAGCACAAGAGGUAAAGCUCUUCAAGACUGUAGAGGCUGCGAGAAAGUUAAAUGUCGAACCACUAGACGAGUCGCGCUUCUCUGUGGAAUGUGCACAUCAUACAGCAUAUAUGGUAGAUUUAAGUGAUGGAACAUGCACUUGUAAACAAUUUCAGUUAGAGAGUUUUCCAUGUGAGCAUGCAGUUGCGGUGGCUAUGUAUCAAGGAUUUGCAGCGAGAACAUUGUGCUCUGCUUAUUACACUGCUGAAAACUGGAGACCUGCGUAUGUUGAAACCAUAUUUCCGCUUCCAAACGAAGUCGAGUGGGAAGUUCCCGAUCAUAUUCGGUCGUUCAAUACAUUAUCGCCACCUCUUAUUGAACCACGUGAUCCUGGACGUCAAAUACUUCUAGAAUACCAUCUGCUGAAGAGUUUUCUCGACGGCGUAGAUGUAACAGGUGUAAAUCAGUAG